AUGUAUAUGCUCAUGUAUUCGGGAAGGGUGUUUUCCGGUAUGGAGCUGGAGGUCAUACGGGACAUCUUCGAGAGGGAAGUGAUCGAAAAUGACGCGUUUCUCUCUAGGCCGAACAUUUUACGCCCCUUGGCUGGAGAUUUGGUAGCAGUCGAUCCAACUGACAUCACCAGUGACGCGUGGGUCGAUAACGACCAGCACACAGAUAUCACACUAGUGAACAGUCCAGACAUGCCACUGUUAAGCGUCCUAUUGGAGACUGAUGACAUUGUGGUCGAGCAGCUCGAAGAGAUAGGUGGUGGCAACUCGUUUCGGAACUACUCAGAGCCUGCACAUUCGCAUAUUUUAGAGGACUACAUGCCGACUCCAGAGAACUCAUACUCGUAUACCUCUGAAAAAGCAGACAUUACGGAUUUGAUGGUAGAAAUGCCUGACAGCUACUGCUCCGAAUCGCCCGAAUCGAGAAGAAUGUCCUUUUUGGAAAUUGAUAACAUAACUGAAUCGCAACGAAAACGCAGACGGUCUAAUCAGACAUAUCCUGCAGGCACGCAAAGCGAGAUAUUAAGUAGGAAGGUCAGAAAAAGUACACUUGUGGAAGACUUUAUCAGGGUGUUCGAAAAAGGAGAUCCUGAAUACAUGAAAAUGAUCAACAUGCAUCUUAUUCCCUAUUGCUCGCUAAAUGAACUUAGUCCGGAGCUGUUCGUGGGCCACCUUCAACUCAAGAUGGAUCAUCCAUGGGCAUAUGAGAUCAAUAAGAAGUCCAACAUUACCAGUAAUCAGCUAGUGAGGUUUGCCAAUACUGAAAAUGUGAAUUUUUAUGAACCACGGGUGUUCAGGUAUCUGCGCUCGAAAAACGCUUGCAAAAGACACAAGAGGGAAGGAUUGUGUUCAUUCUGCAAGCCAACAAAACAAGACUAUCAGAACGACUUUGACAAUCUGUUCUUUGACCUGAACUCGUCUGGAUACUUGCAUCAUCUGACAAAGCAGCACGGCGUUUUUAGCAACGGCUCAGAAAUGCCGCUACCAAAGCUGAUUGGAUUGCACCCGGAGCUAAAGAGCAACAAAAGCUCAGCUAAAAUCGGCCAUGUAUACGCUGCAGUGUGUCCCAUAUGUAACGCAAAGGUCAAGGUGCAAGAUUUGAGCCCUGAGAGCCAGAUCUCGGGAAAUCGGUUUUUAGCAUACUUCAGGCACAUGCUGACGCACAAUGUUAAGAAAAACAGCGGAAAGGGACGGUAG